GCGCCCAGCGGCUUGGUGAAUGGGCAUGGAGUCCAAGCAGUACAUAACAUGACAUUCAUUGAUCAAAUGUCGAUGCGAAACCGACAAAUGAAUGUUGUUGUUGAGUAAGAGGGUUUCCUGGCCGUGUCUGUGUGACAGAAGAAGCAGAGCCUCAACUGUAGGAGGAGCAACAGCAUCAGCCAUAGCCCUUCCUUCUCUCCCACCUCUGCAGCUAAUCUUCCCAUCUCGGAUUUCCUCCGGUGCCAGUUCCAGUUCCGCUGCCGCUGCCACUGCCACUGCUACCAUGGGCCAAGCAGAGGAGCUGUGGCCGGCGAGCCGAGUGAGGGACACCUUCAUCAAGUUCUUCGAGGGGAAGAAUCACUUUAACUGGCGCUCCAGUCCCGUCGUUCCCCUCAACGACCCUACUCUCCUAUUCGCUAAUGCCGGAAUGAACCAGUUCAAGCCAAUAUUCUUGGGGACCGUUGAUCCCAACAGUCCCUUGAGUAAACUCACACGUGCUUGCAAUACCCAGAAAUGCAUACGUGCUGGUGGAAAACACAAUGACCUUGAUGAUGUCGGCAAGGAUACUUACCAUCACACCUUCUUCGAAAUGCUUGGCAACUGGUCAUUCGGGGACUACUUCAAGAAAGAAGCCAUUGAGUGGGCUUGGGAACUUCUCACCAAGGUGUACAAACUACCCAGCGAUCGUUUUUAUGCUACGUACUUCGGCGGUGAUGAGAAAGCUGGUUUGGCUCCUGAUCAUGAAGCUAGGGAUAUAUGGCUUCAAUUUUUGCCACCUGGACAUGUUUUACCUUUCGGUUGCAAGGACAACUUUUGGGAGAUGGGCGAUACUGGUCCAUGCGGACCUUGUACCGAGAUACACUUUGACAGGAUUGGUAACCGAGAUGCUGCAUCACUGGUUAAUAAUGACGAUCCUACUUGCAUUGAAAUAUGGAAUCUUGUCUUCAUUCAGUUCAACAGGGAAACUGAUGGCUCCCUAAAACCUUUACCUGCGAAGCAUGUUGACACAGGGAUGGGUUUCGAGAGGUUGACCUCUGUACUUCAGAAGAAGAUGAGCAAUUAUGAUACUGAUGUCUUCUUGCCCAUCUUUGAUGCUAUCCAACAGGCAACUGGAGCGCGACCAUAUUCUGGAAAGGUUGGAGCAGAUGAUGUUGAUAAAAUUGACAUGGCAUAUAGGGUUGUGGCUGAUCAUAUCAGAACUCUGUCGUUUGCCAUAGCUGACGGUUCUUGUCCAGGGAAUGAGGGCCGUGAAUAUGUGCUUAGGCGCAUCCUUCGUCGAGCUGUUCGGUAUGGUAGCGAAGUUCUCAAAGCUCAAGAAGGAUUUUUUAAUGGGCUUGUAGCUGUUGUAGUAAAGUUGAUGGGUGAUGUUUUUCCUGAGUUGAAGCAACAUGAAGUGCGCAUUCGGGAGAUCAUAGCAGAAGAGGAAGCAAGCUUUGGGAAGACUUUGCUGAAGGGGAUAGAAAAGUUCAAGAAAGCUGCUCAGGAUGUCCAGGGAAAGAUACUGAGUGGACAGGAAGCUUUUCUCUUAUGGGACACAUAUGGAUUCCCAUUGGAUUUGACUCAGUUAAUGGCAGAGGAAAGAGGCUUGGUAGUUGAUGUACAAGGUUUCAAUAGCGCUAUGGAGGAGGCAAGAGAGAGAUCAAGAAGUGUACAAAUCAAGCAAAAUGGUGGUGCUAUUGUCAUGGAUGCUGAUGCUACCUCAUCAUUACACAAGAAAGGAGUUGCUGCAACUGAUGAUUCCUUAAAGUUUAUAUGGUUUCAGGACCACAAGAGUACAAUUAGAGCUAUCUAUACCGGUAAUGAGUUUCUAGAGAAUGCUUCAUGUGGCGAUGAAGUUGGGUUAGUUCUAGAGACUACAUCUUUCUAUGCAGAGCAAGGUGGUCAGAUAUGUGAUACCGGGUUACUCGAAGGCCCAUUUGGCUCAUUUGAAGUUUGCAAUGUCCAAAUUUAUGGUGGUUUUGUUCUUCACAUUGGUUCUCUAUCAACAGAAGCUGGCGGGAUGACAGUUGGUGAUGAAGUAAUUUGCAAGGUUGAUUAUGAAAGGCGUAAGCUCAUUGCGCCUAAUCACACCUGUACACACAUGUUGAACUUUGCUCUCAGAGAAGUGCUUGGCAAUCACGUUGACCAGAAGGGAUCAAUUGUUCUUCCUGACAAACUGAGAUUUGAUUUUUCUCAUGGCAAGCAGGUAGAGACAGAGCUUAUGAGAAAAAUUGAGUCAAUUGUCAACGAGCAAAUAAAAGCUGAGUUGGAUGUAUUUGCGAAGGAGGCAACCCUAUCUGAAGCAAAGCGGAUAAAUGGUUUGCGAGCCGUUUUUGGAGAGAUCUAUCCCGAUCCAGUUAGAGUGGUAUCCAUCGGCAGAAAGGUAGAAGACCUUCUAUCUGAUCCAGAUAAUGAAGCAUGGUUGUCAUAUUCAGCUGAACUCUGCGGAGGUACUCAUAUAUCGAAUACAAGGGAAGCUAAGGCAUUUGCUCUUGUAUCUGAGGAGUCAGUUGCUAAAGGGAUCAGAAGAAUGACUGCUUUUACCGCUGAUUGUGCCUUGAAGGCAUUUGAAUUGGCAGAUUCACUUGGGCAGGAAAUAAAUGAUGCAUAUAAAAUUGAAGGAAGCAUGCUGGAAAAGAAAGUGGCGUCUUUGAAGAGCCGUGUGGAGGCAGCACAAAUUCCUGCAUCUAGGAAAGCUAACAUCAAAACUAAGAUGACUGCUCUACAGGCUGAAGUGAAGAAGGCACAGAAAAAGAUUGCGGAAGCGAAUGUUAAGAAGGCUGUAGGGGAAGCCAUGAAGGCAGCUGAGAGUGCAGCUUCGGAUGGAAAGGGAUUCUGCGUAUGCCGGGUUGAUGUUGGUCAAGAUGCAGCUGCUGUCCGUGAGGCAGUCUUGAAGGCUCGAGAUCAAAAGGGGCUUUCAGUAAUGGUAUUUAGCACCGAUGAAGCAUCCAAUAAGGUGGUGGUGUGUGCCGCAGUGCCUCAGGGCAACGGAAAGGGGAAGGAGUUGGAAGUAUCAGAGUGGGUGGCAGCUGCAAUGCAACCUAUUAAUGGUCGAUCUGGCAAAGGGAAAGCUGGUCUUGCUUCAGGCCAGGGAACUGAUGCCUCGCAGUUAGAUGAGUCAAUUGAACUUGCAAACUCAUUUGCAGCAAUGAAGUUGAGAUGAUUGAUGGUCACCGAACAGUGACACUCUUCAUUUGAUGGUUCAAGCUGUCCUUAAUCAACCAGCAUGCCCACGAGCCUCUGUUGCUCGAGCAGCAAGGAAGGAAAUGAUACAAUUUAGUUACAGAACUGAUUGAUUGAUACUGUCUAUCCAUUUUCCAAACUUAAAUGCUUUGGCAUUUACUUAAGAGAGUAGCAGAAGUUUAUCUUCAGUCAUAUAUAUGAUAAUGGCACUUUCUUUUCUUUCGGGCAUUACUGUUGCACUGUUCUCUUAGAUCUUUUGCGAUGUUUGCUUAUAGGAUUUUUCAAUUGUGUGCUGCUGGUCCAUAAGUUUCGUUCGAUAUAUAAAGUUCCGUUCGAUGUA